UAAAAAUUGUUUUAUUAUUAUUUACACUUUAAAUAAUUUUUUAACUAAAUAUAAAAUCUAUACUACAAUGUCUGAGCCAUCUUCAAGUAAAGAAACAGUGAUAAGAACACCAAUGGUUUAUAUUUGUGGCGAAUGUCAUCACGAAAACGAAAUUCGUGCUAGAGAUCCAAUAAGAUGUCGAGAAUGUGGUUACCGUAUUAUGUAUAAAAAACGUACAAAACGACUUGUCGUGUUCGAUGCACGGUAAUUUGUUUUUAGGUUAAUUGUCACAUCAAUUUAGUAUCUAGGUUCAUUUUCUAUUGACAUAGGUUCAUGCUUACACCAAAUCGUAAUAUAUUACGAAUCCUCAAGGUCAUUGUUAAACGAUCAAUAAAUGUCAAAAAGUAGAGUUCAUCAUUUCAAUCAAACGGAGUAUUGUUUACAAUUAC